GCAUUCUGUGCUUCCAGAGGAUCAUAGUAAAUUUUCAGAUGUUAUUAAUUAAUUAUUAUGACAGGAAUUUUUAAGUGCCAUGUGGUGGCCAUAAAAAGUCUCCCAGGGCCUCUGUAGCCAAGUGGUUAAGGUCUCUGACUUCAAAUCACUUGCCCCUCACCAAUAUGAGUUUGAGCUUCACUUAAGAUGUUGAGUUUCAUGUGGGGAAGCUAUACAGCUGGCUUACGGAAGGUCGAUGGUUCUACCUAGAUGCCAGGUCAUGAUGAAAUAAUGCCCAGAGGUGCAGAUGGGGACUUCCUUCACCAUUUAAAGCUGAAAAGUUGCCAUAUGACCUGUAUGUAUGUCAGUGUGACAUUAAAUCAAACAAAAACAAAGCAAACAAAAAGUCUCCCAGUACUUUGAUUCAGUGUUGUUAUAUUUUCUGGUUCUUUGGGACCAUGGCGUUCUUUCAAUAUCCAUGUAAUAGAAUUCUGCAUAAUCUGGUACUAGUUUACAUAAAGAUAUGUUGCACUUUCCAGUACCUCUUAUGAACAGACUCAAUCAGAGCAAAUGCAGUUUUUUGCUGGUUUGCAUUCUGUGCAGUCAUAAAAUCUUAUUACAGAUUUUAUUGAUGUCCCAGUGGUGGUACCUAUAGAGACAAAGUGUUGGAUGUUAGAUUAUCUCAAAUAUUCACCAGACUAAGCCUCAUAUGGAUGUUUUUUGUCCAAAAAAUGAAAAAUCUAUCCUUGCCAUAAAAGGUUAGUCUUCUGAAAGCAUGAUUUCAUCUAGAAACAUACUUGAAUCUGCAGUAUACAAGACGUACACCCAGUGCAGACAGUAGAAAAUACUUUCAAAACUAUAUGUGCAGGCAAAAAGAGGUUUAUUCGAACAUUUCCUUAUAAAAUAACUAAUCAAUGUCUUAAAAUGAAUUUUACAAUUUGAAACACCCCUUGUAGGACUUGCCUGCAACAUAGUUUCAUAAGAUAAUUGUUCAGCCAUAUUUAUACCACACAUUUUGUAGAAGUUGACAGAAAUUUUGAAAGCCCGUUAUUGGAAUAUCAGAUUUCUUCUCGUCCAUCUCAAAAAAUGUCUCAAGCUCCAGGUCAUGCCGAAAGUUUAUCAUUGAAAUUAUCUGAAGUACUCAGUGAUAUUGGGGUGAAUGAGAGAACAGUACUGAAGAGGAAAAGGAUGUUGUUGUUGCUUGAAUCUGGAACAUAACAUUAGGCUGAUACUAAAAGGAAGAACCUAUUCCAUAUAUUAUUUUGGAAGUCAAGUGGAAGGUACAACAACUCAAGGACUAAAGUCAGAUUUGGAUCAGGUCAUCUGCCGAAAUGACGAAAAUGUGAUACAGAAUUGGAGUGAGUGGCAGCCAGGUGUUGGGAAUAUUCUAAUGAUCAAAGAUGAGACCACGCCACCCGGCUACUGUCUUCUCCAAAAUCUGAGAGUUGAUGAACCUUCUUCUUGUACCUGUAUUUUCCAUAGGACACAUGAAGAUUUUUGUGCAGAUGGAAAAGGAAGAAUGCUUAUAAAAAACAGUUACAACAAGAAUGACAGAGAGGGUUAUGUUGUAAAUGGUCCAGCACAUACAUAUCCAGGAAGUGAUUUGUUCUCAGCCAUAGAUGAAGUUACAGCCUUUCAAUGUAAAUCAUGGCCUGAAGAAGCUCAACUCUGGUUAUCACAGGAAGGCAUAGGAGGGUGGCCUACAGAAGAAAUGAGGAGAUACUGUGAGACUACAGGGUGUUUUGUUGUACCAGUAGGCAGUAAGCAUGGUAGUAAUCAGCAACUUGAAUGGAGAAUAUCUACUUCAACAGCCGAAAGAUAUCUGGUGUUUAGUUUAAACAUCACACAAAUAAGAUGUUACAUCUUGAUGAAGAUGAUUCUUAAAACAUUAAUCAGUCCACAGUGUGAAGAUGCCAUUUCUAGCUACAUGUGUAAAACUGUUUUGUUUCAUUGUAUACACACUUCACAUUUAAAUCAAUGGCAGGAGCACAAUUUACUUGCAUGUUUAAAAUGUUGCUUGGUGUCGUUGCAGGACUGUGUUAAACAAAUUAAUUGUCCACAUUUCAUAAUACCUGAAAAUAACUUGAUGGCUGGAAAAAUUUCUUAUCCAGUCCAGCAACAGCUUCUUGCAGUCCUGGAACCCAUCAUACAAUGUGAAGUUUGGGCAUUAAUGGAUAUUCCUAUUGAUGACCUUGGCAUGAGACUUCAGGAGAAGAUGACCAUGUUACCCAUGUAUCCACCUGGUUUUUAUUAUCACUCCGCAGUUAAUGUGUCUUCUGAGGUUUCAGGACAUUUAAUGUAUACUUUCUUCUAUCUAUUACGGUUAGGAUCAUAUUCCAAAAUAAUCAGACUUGUUAGAAAAGAAAUGAACCCUUUUCUGCUUUUCAACACAAUAUCCAUUUUGGGUAAAAUUUAUAGCGCAGUAGAAUCUGAUACACCGCAGAAAUCAGUGUGCAGACUUUUAGCACCGCAGUUUUGCUCCUCCCUUGGAUCUGUGAUGGCAUCUACAAACAUUGAUACUGGCAGUUCCAUAUCCCACAUAGCACUUGCUUGGUUUUCAGCAGGAUUGAACUCCGAUGUGUCAUCCAGCAGGCUGAAACUUGCAUCUGCAUUAUACUGUGCAGGAGAAAUGGAAAGGACAGAGUAUGUUCUUAGUAAUGUUGAAGAAAAGUAUGACUUAGAUGUUGUUGCACCUGUGUGUGGGUGCAGUGGCAAUUAUACAAUGGCCCUAAAACCAGGAUUUCUCAGUAAGUGUGAUACAGGCAAUGAAGAACUUAUAAAAGAUAUUGUAGCUUUUUGUGUUGUGUUCAUGCGUUGUGAAAUCAAUUGUGUCCCACAAGAAUUGCAGUAUGAAAUGUUUAGAGCUACACAAGAAGACUUGCUAGAGAGGGAUGAAGAUGAUGGCUGGAUAGAUUGUGCUGUGGUGGAUUCACUUCCUUACCUUUACUUCCUACAGUACAAGACUUACAGACACCUUCAGAGAGGAGCAGAUCAACAGCGGGCCCUUUUACACCUUGCCACUACCAUUGAUACUGAUCGAAACCUCAGACACAGAGAAACAGCGCUGAAUUUACUGGGACAAUGUUUGGAACAGGAGAACAGAUAUGACGCUGCUCUUUGCUGCUAUAUAAAGUCUCGCAAUAUACGUACAAGAAACAAUGCUGCAAACAUUCAUAUAUGUAAACUAUUGAGUACAAUUUCUCUCAGGAGAAGGGUACCACCAUAAGAAAACUUGAUAUGAGCCACGCCACGAGAAAGCUAACAUAGUGACUUUGCGACCAGCAUGGAACCAGACCAGCCUGCACAUCCACGCAGUCUGGUGAGGAUCCAUACUGAUCGCUUUCAAAGCCUAUUGCAAUUAGAGAAAUCGUUAGCGAACAGCAUGGAUCCUGACCAGACUGCGCAAAGCCACUAUAUUGGUUUUCUCAUGGCACGGCUCAUAUGUGAAUCAAAGCAUGAUAGUGCAACAACAGACAUAUGAACUGGCAAACAUUAAGCUUUUUGAUUAACUACCUUCAGUUUUACUGAUACAGUUAAUACAAAUAUAUUUACUGUUACAUUAUUACAAACAGUAUUUUAACCCUUCAUUGAAAGUUACUAAGAUCUUUAGAAUUACAAAGUAUUGUCUAUUUAAUAAAUAUUUAUAAAAUAAGAAGUGAACAAAUGACAGUAAAAUGUAUAUAUUUAUGAAAAUACUAUUGUAGUCUGAGCUAUGUACAAAAGCUAUUUUGUUUGUCACACAGAACAAAUUGUAAGAAAUUUAUCUGUAUAUUUUUCUUGUAAAAUGUAAACUUAAUAGUAUCAGAUACCAUAA